AGAAUACAGUACAGUCGACAGUAGCCCAGUUUUUGAUUUGGAGAGAGAAACCAAGUACUACAGUCUACACCGGUAAAGUUUCUUUUCAAGGAUGUUGGAAGAGGACAAAGUAAGGGGUCUGUCCCUCGUGGACGUCGGUGUGGACUACACCAAGGUGGAGCCAGUCCAACACAAGCGAACGUUGGCUUUCAUCAAUCAUUUUGCCAUACAUACCGUGCAUUUCCUGAACCGUUUUUCCAGUUCUUGUGAGGAGAAACUGUCAGCGGUAGAGGAGAGAAUACGGCGCAUGGAGGUCACAGUGAAUAUUCUGGACACGAAGCUCAGUUCUAUUGCAGGUCUGGAAUCCGUUACAGGCGAGCAGUACCAACCGCCCGCUUGCCUUGUAGCGGCUGGUAGUGCAACAGGCGCUCAGGCUGGCACGAGCUCUGCGCCUUCAGCACCCUCCACGCCAGCAACCAGCGCUAACAGCAAAACGACAACAGAUGGGUCUAGUAGUGUAGCGUCGGCUAGCAAAGCAUCUGACACAGCGGCACGAGCACCAGCCAGUAGUAGUACUGCACCACAAGCUGCUCCAAGUCGAGACAGUGACAGUGAUAGCGACUUUGAUGAUGACUCCUCAACUGCAACUGGUGCGACAGGCGCUGCUGUUUCGGCUACACCGAUCAGCAAGGACCCGAGGUAUAUGAAGUAUUUCAAUUUGAUCAAGAUUGGAGUUCCUGUAGCUGCAUUCCGUGCUAAGAUGGUUGCAGAAGGCCUUAAUCCUGAUCUCAUGGAAGAUCCGGAUGCGCCUGCUCCACCGGCUGGUGGGGCUGGGGGCGGUGGGGCACCGAAGGCUGUUGAUAGCGACGAUGAUGACGAGGAUGAUGACGAUGAUGAUGACGACGACGAUGAUGACGACGACGAGUAUGAUUGAACACUAUUAUUUUCCGUCAAGCGGUGAAAACUCCUAUUCUAUUGCGCUAAAGAAAGCAAGGCUGGUCCUUGCUAGCUUCUCCUACAGUAGUGGAAUGCAUCCUGCUAGGAGAUGAGCUGCUCGUACAUUCAAGCUGGUGGAUCUUGGUCAGUACACUGUUAUUUUGAAUUUUCAUUUAUAUGAUACGAAUAGUCAAUCUCUGAUAAAAUGAAUGGUUAGGUGUAGUACAAAGCGUGAUUACGAUACUUCUGCGGAUGGUUGUCUGGUGUAAAUAAAGCGGAACAUUACAUCCACACAACGGUCCCUUACACUAUAGCCAUGCUGACGCAUCAGUUUCAUUGACCAAUGCCCUACAUAGUGCGCUGCUGCCAUGUUUGCCUCCGGCAUGAUUGUGGGAGUAAGAAGGAUUGGGUUCCUACGCUACUACUAGGGUGUGCACAAAUACGGUAGUGUUCAACAGUUGCCACGGUUACAUGGGUAAUCAUGGUGCACUGUAAUAUACACAUUUAAUUUGAUUACUAUUGUUAUUAUUAUGAUGGUCAAGUAAAGCCAAUUUAGUAACCGAA